CAACUUUGAGCAUCAACCAAUUUAUGGCUUUUGUAUGUGGUUGGACUAGCGGUCAUUAGCUUGUGCACGAUCCCGAAGACUAAGUCGGAGGGUUCGGUUAAGUUUUCACUGCGGACACCUUCCACAAUAGUUGUUCAUUCUUUUCCCUCCAAACCCCCAAGCUUGCAACAUGGAAUUCAAGAUUGAACCGGUAGUUCCAGCAGAUGCGGAGGAAGUGACUGAUGUUUUUUUGGCAUCGUUUUCGGAUGAUUUCAGCCGCCGUCUCUUCCCUUGCACUGAAGAGGUUCGCGCUUGGUGGAUCCAGAAAUUUGCGGCGGACGCCGAGCAAGCUCAUUCGCAGCACACAGUGAGCUUCAUGAAGAUGGUUGGGACUGUAGGCUCCGAUCAACGACCAGUUAUUGCCGCCUUUGCACUGUGGGAGCUCCCGAAGAAAGCCCCGGUGGGCGAAGGGACAGAAGACGAACAUGUUACAUGGCCUGUUGGUUCAGAUUCUGAGCUGUGCGACCUAUUCUUCGAAGGAAUACACAAAGAGAGGAAAUCGGCAGUGAAAGGCCAACCACAUUACUAUCUUAGCAUGCUUGGAACACACCCCAGCUUUGGGCGUCGCGGCUUAAGUGGAAGACUCUUGAAAUGGGGUCUAGAUCGCGCAGACGAGGAAAAAAUGGAAGUUUUUAUCUCCGCAUCCCCUCCCGGACGAGGGUUGUAUGCACGACAUGGGUGUAUAGCGCUUAAGGACUACGAAGUUGUACCUGGCUAUUAUCAAACAUCGAUGUUACGACCAGCGUCUGGAUCAUAGAAAUGUCUCUAAAACAUUUAUUUCCGAUAUUAUUGUGUUCAAAAUUCUUGGACUCUGCUUGUGGAUAAAGAGGCUCUGGGAAUAGGGUUCUAUAUACUUGUGAUAUAGCUUAUUCCUACGCUCGCGGUUAGAAUGAAUGAACUCGUUAUCCCAAUUCUCU